UCACUCUGAGACAAAGAAGCCCCCUAUGUUAAGCGCGUUGGUGCACGCGUCCACUCUCUGCUGUCUCUCCAGUUCCUCUCCCUCCGCUUCGUCCAACCCCAACUCCUCCACUCGCUCUCCCAUGUCUGCCUCCACUCGAAUCGCAGUCGUCGGCGACGUCCACGAUGAUUGGAAUCUUGAAGAAGAUACAAAGGCACUUCAAUUUCUGCAGCCGGAUUUGGUGCUGUUUACAGGUGAUUUUGGUAAUGAGAAUGUUGAACUUGUUCAAAGUAUUGCAAGUCUUGAAUUUGCUAAAGCAGUUAUAUUGGGAAACCAUGAUUCCUGGUUUACUCAACAGUUUUCUGUCAAGAAGAAGGACAGAGUUCAACUUCAGCUUGAGUGUCUCGGUGAGGAACAUGUAGCUUAUCGGCGUUUAGACUUUCCUCUGAUAAAACUAAGUGUUGUGGGUGGACGGCCAUUUUCUUGUGGAGGAGAGAAGUUGUUUCGGAAAAGGCUUCUGUCUGCAAGAUAUGGAGUUGAGGACAUGGAUGGAAGUGCUAAGAGAAUCUAUAAAGCUGCUUUCGGCACACCAGAGGGCCAUUUGGCUAUAUUUCUUGCACAUAAUGGACCUACAGGUCUUGGUUCUAAUUUGGAUGACAUCUGUGGAAAAGAUUGGGUUUUGGGGGGAGGUGACCAUGGUGAUCCUGAUCUAGCACAAGCUAUAUCCCUCCUCAAAGAGACUGGCAAGGUCUGUAUCCCAAUGGUUGUCUUUGGUCACAUGCAUAAAGAGCUGGCAUAUAGAAAUGGCCUCCGGAAAAUGAUUGUGGUUGGAGCUGACAACACUAUAUACUUGAAUGGGGCCAUUGUUCCUAGGGUUAAAAGAUUGAUUGAUGAACAAGACACUGGCGACAGAAGCUUCAUGAAUAUUGAAACUCCUCUUUCAGCACCACCAGAGUCUAGUGGCACUAUGAGAGCCUUCACUACAGUAGAAAUUUUGGAUGGAAGAGUGGAUAAAAUUGCAGAAACUUGGGUUUCAGUUGUUGGAGAUAAGACCACAUUAAAAGAAGAGCAUGUUUUAUUUAAAAGUGGCAACUAGAGCUUUCUUCUUGAUUGUAUUCCAGUUUCAGUCCAUUAAGAUCAAUACUAAGAACAGAAUGUAUAUGAUGAACGUAGUGUCUAGCCAAGGUUAUACUAUAGUGUAGCUGUUAUACCUUGUCAUUUGUA